UAGUUCAAGUUGCCAUAGCAGAGGAAAGCUGAGGGUUGCGCUUCUGUUCGCUAUCACUCACAAAGCGAAGAACCAACGGCUCUCGUUUAACGUGUCCAUUGCGGUAACAUUAAUUUCCUCCUUCCCGCUGGACUUGUGGACAGUUUAGCAGUUUGUACGUUAAUGUCACAAGGCUAAAUUAGUUGGCUAACGUUGGGUUAGCUUUAGUUCCACUUGUUGCUAGCCUGGAGGAGCAUCACCCACAACAAUGCCCAGCGCAGUGAUUGACUGUGGAGAGGACGGUUUGAAUUGUAGUGUUUUACAGGUCACUUAGCUUUCUGUCUCAACGGGUUGUUACGGUAACGAUGACAGGGCUUUCAUUUCUCCAAGCUAUGACGAAUAUAUCUAGCGUUAACGUUGCUGUAAAGAAAGUCCGGAACCAGCCCAGUUUGUUCGGUAAUCUGAUUAUCGUUGCAGUUACCGGUGCUGCUCGCUAAUCGGCAGAUUUGCAUAGUCAGUCGUUUUUCGUCGCCUCCACCGCAUCCUGCCCUGUCCUAAACUAUGGAUACUUCCAGUGGGUCGGACUCAUACGACAGGACGAGGGUGCACAGGCCUCGGGGGCGUGAAGCCCACCGCAGACCUGUCCGGAACAGGGGCAGAGCCAGCGGGACUGAAAGUGAUGGUCCGGCAGGAGACAUCUCCGAGAAGAUCAGCACACUGGCGAGCACUUUACAGGACACCAGUAGGAACUUGACCAAAGUAGACCAAAUGCUGGGUCAAUACAGGGACCAUUCAGAUGAUCAGGCUGAAGCCAUGGCACUGCUCAGGGAGAACCUGGAGGAGUCGAUAACUCAGCUGCAGACACACAGGCAGGGCAGAUCCAAUGGCGCUCGGAGUGCUUCAGCUUCAGCUUCCACUCUGCACACUAGUGACCUGGAAGCUUGCUCAGGAUCAGAUGACCAGCGCUUCUACCCUACUUCUCCACUGAGCGACUAUAUAGGCACUCAAGGAAGGAGAAGGAGGUCUCAUUCUGCCAGUGUUCGCUUCAAGGACGCGAGCCUGACAGGAGAGGAUAUUCACACCAUGCACCAAUCCUUGAGGGAUCUGCGUUGUGGCCAGCAGAGACUGUCUGAUGACCUGGAUAGAGAAAUCCUCCGGAGAAAUAGGUCGAAUAUUGACAACAGGCGAGCGAUGGAGAGCCUCACAGGGCACGUGACAACUUCCCAGAGACAGGCUUCAGUGUCGUCUCGUGUGGAGCGGCGUCUGCAGGAGCUGGAGAGAGAGAUGCAUGCUGGGCAAAGUAGCGUGGAAAGAGAGAGAAGGCCUGAUCAGUGGGCGGCCAUGUCUGAUGAGCUGCAGGAGACUUCAGGGAGACGUCAAGUUCAAGCCCAUGAGAGAGAGGAAGCCAUAACAGCCAGGCUACUGAAAGGAGAGAGGGAGAAGUCCAAGACGGACCAGGAACUGGAGAGAGCUAGACGACUCCUUGAACAGUCUGAGGAAAGCAGAGAGUCCCUUGUUCAACAGGUGGAGGACAUGCGCGGUGAGCUGCUGAGGACAAGGAAGGAGAAGACUGAGCUUCAGAGGGCCCGGCUGGAGACUUUUCAGCCCAUUGCGCAGCCACAUGGCAACCACACUGACAGGGAGGAGGGAAGAGGUGGACAGCGAGGGCCAGAUCAUUCAAACCUGGAAAAAGAAGUGGCGGAGCUGCGAGCCCAGCUGCAAACAGCCUCAGUCCUCAGUGAGGUUGAUGAAUUGAAAAGGGCCCUGGACCGCAAGGAGAAAGAGAGGGUCCAGCUCAGCUUACAGGUAGAGGAAUUGUCAUCAGACCUGGCACGGCGGGAGCAACAGCAGCUACGAAUGUUGGAACAGUUGAGGGAGAUACAGAGCCGAGGGCAGGCAGAGAGGAGGGAGACGGAGGCGUUACUCCAGGAGAGCACGAGGACCAGAGAUGAAUUGAAGACCAGGGCCCAAGAGGCUGUGCGCCAGUGGAGGGCAAAGUGCAGGAGACUACAGAAGGAGCUGGAGGAGGAGAGGGCCCAGGCUCAAUUGCAUAUCAACAAGGCCUUGCAGGCAGCCAGGGAAAAGGAGAGCUCUCAUGCCCAGCUGAAGGCGCUGAGCCAGCAGACUGAGGCAGCCCGCAGGGAGCUCGCUGAAAUCCUAGGCCGAUUGGCGCAGCGAGAAGAAGAGCUCCACCGCAAGGACGUGGAGCUGUCCGAGACGCGCCAGCGCCAGUUGUUACUGGAGCAGGAAAUCCGGGAGGUGAGGGAAGCCUCAGCUGCCUUGGAGGAGGAGACUCGGCGUCAGGCUGCUGUCCAGGCAAGACUGGAGGAAGAGAACCAGAGGCUGGAAGUGCGAGCUGACACCCAAGCCCGUCGUUGUCAGAGAGACCAGGACGCACAGGCCGAGCUCCAGGCCGCCCUAAAGCAGAUGACCUCAGCCCAUGCCAAGUUAGCCCAGCGGCUGACUGAGGAGGACAGCUCCAAGAAGGAGCUCCAGAAAGGCGCAGCAGAGCUACAGGCCAAGCUGACAGCAGUACAGGAGGAGGGGGCCGCACUGGGACAGCAGCUGCAGCUUGAGAGAGAGGUGCAUCAGAAAGAACUGCACAACAUGAAGGCAAUGAUGGAGGACAGCAGGACAAAGAAGGAUCGUGAAGUGCAGGACAUGCUCAAACUGUGCCGUCAGGAGCGGGAAGAAAUACAGGCACACCUGAAGGAGGUUAAGGCUGAUGCAGCAUCUGACAAGGAGCUGUGUGGGGCGCUGCGCAUCAAGUUGGACAGGAUGAAGGAUGAGUGUGAUAAGCUGGCAGCGCAGCUGAGCACAAGAGACGAGGCACAUGCACUUCUCCACAGAAAAUACCAGCUACUCAAACAGGAACUGGAUGACAAAGUCAGGUCGGGUGAGCGGAGACGUGCUUCGGAGUCAGAGUUUGUUAAGUUGGAGGAGAAGGUGCUGCGGAUGGAAGCAGAGCAAGAAGCAGUCCUUACCUCCAUGGGUGAAGAACUAGAUGCAGCUUGUCGUAGCCUGGCUAGGAAUGGUGAAGACAAACUACAGGCGAUCUCCCAGAAACCUGGAUUAGUGAAAGACCCACACCGCUGGCUAGCUGAGACAAAGACCAAGCUACGCUGGCUGUGUGAGGAGGUGCGGGAGUGCAACACAAGAGACCAGCGCCUAAGGAAGCAGCAACAGCAGACCAGGGAUCAGCUGAAGGCGCUCAGGCAGAGCCGUGACUCGGAGCAGACAGCUCUCCUGCAGCGCCUGGACCAACAGGAGAAGAUGCUGCACUCCCUCAGCAUUGAAAAGAGAGAGCUGCUGGAGAAGACUCGCAGGAAGGAGGAAGAAAUGAGAAGCCUUCAGAACACAAGAGUAGCCCUGGACCACUUAGAGGCACUUCCAGAGAAACAAUGUCUAAUGGAGAACUUCAAAGAUUUGGAGGAAUCCCAGCGCCAGAGGGACAUGGUCGAGCAGCGCUACUCCAAAUACAAAGAGAUCGUCUGGGACCUGCAGCACCAGCUGGACGAGUCCAAGCGCAGAAUCCAAGAGUACAGAGACGAGAAGCUGGACGCCACUUCCAGGAGCCUGAGACUGGCUGCUCUUUCUUCCUCCAUCAAAGGCCCCAGCACAUUCCUCAGCAGCUCGCUGAGAUCUGACACACUGUCUCCUCACAAACGCCUGACCAGUUCAGACUUGGAUAACUCCACAGUCAACGGGGCCAAACCCCUCUCAGAUUAGCUCGACCUCAUGUGAACCUCAAGUGAACCUUUAUCUGUAUCCGUACAAACCCAAACACGGUGCUUUACAGCUGAUUCUACCUGCCUUGUGCUCAGAACAACUUGACUGUACCAGGAGGCCUUGCACUCAACACUAAUCCUCCUCGACUACCUCAACCAGGCAAUCACUGAAGGUGCUCAAGAGCAGAAGGGUAAGAGUGAGAUUUCACAACAAACUUUGACAAAUACUUUAAAGGAGGAGAUACAAGUUUGGACACUGUAAAGGAUGGUAUACUGUUAAGUGUUUAAAUGUUAUUUAUAAGAGCCUGAAAUUAAUGUAUUUGAAUGGAUUUUUAAACCAAAAUAGUUUCACUGUUACAUUUCUUGCCAUUGUUUCAACAUUUUAAUUGCUCAACAGCUGUUUUAAACAUUGUUUACCCUAUGACCAAUCUGUACUCUUAUUAUCAUGCCAAUGUGUUUGUGUUGAAAUUAUUUAGUAGAACUACUGGUGCCUUUCGAAGACUAUGCAGUUUUGUUAUUUUACUGACAAUGUGUUGUCUUCAUCAUGAAAAUGUGAAGAAUCUGUUGUUUUUCCAUGUUUUAAAUGCAUUGACCAACUGUCUGUUUUGUUUCAUACAGUAUAUAUUUGUAAAAACAAACACUAAGCACAAAUAGAUAUAAUUUUUUAUGUAAUAUGAAGAGAGUGUAUGCACUACAAAUAAAUCCCCAUGCA